UCGCCAUGGGGACGCGUGGGGUAGGCGCUCGUCGUCAGCCGUGCGGGGUCUGGCGCCGUCCGGCCGAGAGCGCUCCGGUGCGAGCCCUGCGGCAGGGGCCGCCGGCUUCUCCUGGGCCCUGUCCCCGCUGCGAUCCCCCGCAGCGAUCCCCCGCAGCGAUCCCCCGCAGCGGCUGUGUGGAGCUGCCUGAGCCCUUCACGUCUGUUUGUGCUGUAGCGCUGCUGCUGCUUGUGCUGCUCGGGCUAGUUCGCGGUGACAGGCGGCAGCGCUGCCUGCGCCCCGCCGCUUCGAGGGUGCAGCGUCUCGGCCAGCGGCCUGCGCUCGUGUGAACGCAGCGGCUCUGGAAGCGCUGAGUGCUCAGGGGAAGGGGGUGGGAAUGGCUGCAAGUCCGUUCCGCGGCUGAGCAGCGGUGUGGCCACCUGCUAGCAAGCCCUGCAGCUGUCCUGUCUGGCAAAGGGAAGGAUAUGUGGAGAGCAAAACCUCCUCAGGAGACAGACUCAGCUUCGUGCGUGCACCUUCUGCUUUUCGUUCUGCUCUGAAGACUGUAGCUGAAUUUGCAUGGAUUUGGAAGUGCAAGGAGUUGCUGCAUCCCCUCAAAGGCAGGCUCAGCAGGCACGGAGGGGCAAGAACUGCCAGGGCUGGAGACCAGACACCAGGGCUGCUCGUGGGCCUCCACCCCCAGGGGUGCCGUGCCUGGAGCUGGGCAGGCUGGGGGAUCCUGAUGGAGAGGAUGGGGACUCUAAUGUGCCAUGGAGUGGAAGCUACCCUCGUACAUACUCCCGAGCCUCAUCUCCACUUGCACAGCAUCACCAGGCUCAACAGCCUGGAGAUGGAGAGGAUUUUACAGCUCCUGAUGAGAAAGCUCUCCUGCAGCAGUGCUACACCAGCAAGCCCUGUGAUGUACAGCACAGUGUAAGGAAAUUGGAAGCUGAGGAGGCUGCUGCAGAGAGGAGGAAACGUGCUGUGGCAGAACAAGUGAUGGCAGAUCACUUAUGCAGAGCUGUUGUAAGUGACCCAGAGCAGUCCACCCCUGCUGAUGUGUGCAAGGACCCUCCUGGGCUGCUGGCACUGGGGACGGCACCGAUGCGCUACAGGAGGAGAACUCUGCACGAAACAAAAGUGAGGACCACGGCAGGGUUAACUGCAGAAAUGCUCUCCAACAAGCUGUGCUUUGGCUGCAGAAUCCUGUCAAGAAAUGGCCAUGAUGCCUGCAGAGAGCUGACUGGAUUCUUCUUCACCUGUGAUGGGUCCCUCACUGUGUAUGAAUUCAGAAAGUUUGGAAAAAACAGCAGUCUGUUUUCUCCCCCCAGAACAACUGCCUUGCCUUUCAUUCAGAAAGGAGUUUAUCAGCAUCAGCGUGGGCAGAGGAAGGGAAAACCUUAUGGCCUCAGGGACUUCUGUGUUGGAGCUAACCUAACUUUCCUGAGUGUUGAGCAUAACCUGCCGGAAAGCUGUAGGCAGAGCCCGGUUCUCACCCUCCGUGUGAUAAGCACUGAUGAAGCAGCUCUGGGUUUUCUGAAAGCUGCUUCUGUGGGAUUCAAGGAAGAGUGUUCUGAGCAAGUGGCUGAUGGCAGCAAAGUUCUCGAGAAGAUUCAAGGGAGGCUCAGAGAGACACUGAGUAAAAGAGGAGUUCGAGUUCUGACAGGCAUAGGAAAGCACUUCCGAGAAGCAGAUGCAAACAGAAGUGGCCUUCUCCCUCGGGCAGCCUUUAAAGAAGCUCUGCAAGUAUUCCACCUGGGAGUGCCUGAAGGGGACCUGGAAGCCUUGUGGCUUGCUCUGGAUGACAGCAAAAGUGAUAAGGUUGACUAUGGAGAUUUCACUCGUGCUGUCUUUGGAGAAAUGAGUGAGCACAGGAAGGCAUUUGUCAGGAAGGCUUACAUGAAACUAGAUCCCAGCAAAACUGGGAGUGUGCCCCUGGUAGACAUCAGGAAAUGUUACUGUGCAAAGAAGCAUCCUCUAGUACUGGCAGGUAAAGCCACAGAUGAAGAGAUCAAAUCUGCAUUCCUAGAAACUUUAGGAGAGUCCUGCAGCAGCCCCACCCAAGUGUCCUAUGCAGAGUUUGAAGCUUACUAUGAAGGAUUAAGUUUUGGAGUCGUGGAUGAUGAUGAUUUUGUUAAUGUGCUAAAGAACUCUUGGGGAGUUUAGAGUGGAAGGCAGGAAAAAAUGAAGAUGAGAUAUUUUUGUAAACAAGGAGUGAGCUAAAUAAGGGAGUCCUGCUGUGCCUUGCUUCAGAGGCAGUGUGGGCUGCACAGCUGAAAGGCUCUCAGAACAGUUCCUGGCACCUUUCUCACUGUCUGCUGCGCUACACUGACCACUUCUGUGAUGGCAAGGGGGGGGUCACUCUUUCUCCUUGCUGAUAAUAAAGGCUGCUGCCCAUCCCCAAUGGUACCAUUUA